AUGCCUUCGACCACUUUCAAUACCAGAACGUACAGCAGGAAGUCCAAGAGGAAGGCGGAAGAACCGAACAGCGACGCAAAACGGCGUAAACUUGACAUGGACGAUGAAGAUGAAGUGGCUACCGAUGUAGAGGACCAGCAUGACAUUCCCCAACGCGCUCCCCGAGACUUGACUCAUAUAUUCGACUCAUUGACACCCUCUGCAACGGCUUCUACAUCUCCAGGAAAGCUCGCCAAGCGUAUGCUGUCUCGCUCGCGAACAGAAUCGUCGAUUGCGAGUGGAAGUGGUUCAAGUUUAGAUAGUAUUGCAAGAGCUCCGUCUCUUGCUAGCCCUUCCAGUCAACCGGCCGAACCUAAAACGAAACAAUCGCCAAUUCCCCGCACAAAGAGCGCUGGAAGGACCUAUGCUGGUGCCUCUCGCUCGUUUCUCGUUCCUAUUCCAAUAAACCCAGCCGCUCUCGGUCAACUGCAAGAAGACCUCGACGAUGAAUUCGCAUCGCGAGAGUCUUAUACUUCGUUGCGGACGCGAUGGGGGGUCGACCAAUCCGAAGAUGACCCAUUCAUGUAUGGCUCUCCAACCAAAUCUGGCUCCAAUGCUUCGACGCCGAAUGCUUCACCGACAAAGAAAGGCAAAGGGUAA